AAUAGAUGCCUACAUAAAUAUUAAUACAAAUCCAAACAAAUACAAAAAAUGUGUUUGUUUUUGACUUGGACUCAUGAGCUCAGAUUUCUACAGUGCUGGUACGGCUUUGACAAAUAGAGCGACAUAAAUCAUAAUCAUUAUGACAUGACCCCACCCUGGGAACCACUCAGGAUCCACUAUUAAGCAGGCGGACCUGUGACAGACAGGUGGCGCUGGUUCGACGGCACUGGUGGGUCAGCCAGUCGCAAAAAACUGAAGUUUGUUCUGCGUGGUGUUUGUGCGCAGGCGCACAACACACUGUUUGUCCAGUUUCGUUGGUUGACUUUUACCUGUGAGGUAGACUAGUUCGAUUCGCCGGUGGGAUAAGGAACCGCAACCACCGGGGUCCCGGUUCAGAGGUUACACGACUUUCUACCGCCUCCCCCGGCCCAGUGAGGCUCCCACUGCGGGGUGUCGGACGGGUUUUCUCCGGUAUUUUAGAGUCGGUGCGCAACAGCGAGCGAAGCAGGAGGCAGGUGCACGAGAGAGGACAGGAGGAGGAGGGCUGCUUGUAUUUCCGUGAGAGAGUCCCGUCGUUCACACCGGGCCGAAUGGUCGAAAAUCAACUGGUUGGCGCCUCGGUGGUCGAUCUGUGGUAGUUUCAUUAGUAUGCGGCUGGAGUCCCCCCCUGCAGCCUGAGGACUGAUCGGCAGCCCUGAAGUCUCCUCCGUGCCUGCUAAGUGACUCCUCGCCCCGGGGAGGACGAGGAGGAGGUGGCGGCAGCAGCAGAAGCGGGACCCCGGCUUCACCGACUGUUGCGUGGGGCAGUUUUCACGGACACAACACGGACCACCACCUCACCUUGUGGUUGAGGAAGAUGAUGGGCUUUCUGCGCCGGACGUUCAGCCACCGUUCCCGAAGCCGCUUCCAGACGAGAGAGAGGGACGAGCGGGACGGUAAAGGGGGAGGAGGAGGAGGAGGAGCAGGAGGGAUGACUGGGAACCCCCUGCUCCUGGCCCAUCAGCAGCAGGUCGUACACACGCCCGCCGUGGUCAGCGGGGGGGCAUCGGUUCACAUCCCGGCGGCCGGGACCGCGAGGACCAGCAUCAGCUGCCGCGUGCUGCUGCUGGACGGCUCGGACGUCAAUGUGGAUUUGCCUAGCAAGUCUAAAGGCCAGGACCUUUUUGACCAGAUCAUGUAUCACAUAGAUCUGGUGGAGACGGACUACUUUGGAUUGCAGUACAUGGACUCGGAGCAAGUCUCACACUGGCUGGAUAUGUCCAAGCUGAUAAAUAAACAGAUCCGAGACGGGCCUCGAUACAAGCUGUUCUUCAGAGUGAAAUUUUACUCUUCAGAGCCAAAUAACCUGCGUGAGGAAUUUACAAGGUAUCUGUUCGUGUUGCAGCUUCGACAAGAUAUUCUGUCUGGCAAAUUGAAAUGUCCGUAUGAUGUCUCAGUAGAGCUGGCGGCAUUUUGUUUACAAAGUGAGAUGGGAGACUGUGAUCCCCUGGAGCACUCUCCAGAGCUGGUGUCUGAGUUUCGCUUCACUCCCAAACAGAGCGCGCCCAUGGAGGCGGACAUCUUUGGCAGGUGGUUGGACCUCCGGGGAAAGAGUCCGACAGAAGCAGAGAUUUCUUUUCUCAACAAAUGCAAGUGGCUGGAACUUUACGGAGUAGAUAUGCACUUUGUCAAGGGCAGAGACGGAGGAGAAUAUGCACUAGGUCUCACUCCUACCGGCAUUUUAGUAUUUGAAGGCCGCAACAAAAUUGGCCUCUUCUUUUGGCCCAAAAUCACUCGGCUGGACUUCAAAAGGAGUCGACUCACGUUGGCCGUGGUGGAGGAAGACGAUCAGGGUCGGGAGCAGGAGCACACGUUUGUGUUCCAGCUGGACAGCUCCAAGAGCUGUAAACACCUGUGGAAGUGUGCCGUGGAGAGCCACGCCUUCUUCCGGCUACGCCAACCAACCACAGGCAAGGCCAGCCGAAGCGACUUCACGCGACUUGGGUCUCGCUUCAGAUUCAGUGGUAAGACAGAGUAUCAGGCCACUCGUGGAGGCCGAGUGAGGAGAGCCAGCACAUUCGAGAGAAGGCCGAGCAAGAGGUACCCCUCCCGAACACAGUCGCUGAGCAAAGCUGCCAUUUCCCCAGCCAAGCCGUCACAUAUCGGCUCUCACGCCAGCCCUGAUCCCAGCCUACAUCCAUACCAGCACAACAUUCCUAUUGGCCACGAGCCGUGGCACCCGCCCCACCCGGCUCUCACACCUCCAGUUUACCUGCACCACUCCGGGGACAAACCAUCACACAGUUUCCCUCUGAGUGGUCCUGCUUCAGACCAUCAGUUCAGCAUUGAAGAGAAUGAGAGUUCGUAUUCUGGCAAGAUCCACCACCAUCACCGCCGCCACACACACAGCCAGGAAACGCUCUGUCACACACACACCAAGAACAAACGCCGAGCUCCUCACUGCCCUGGAGAUGAGUUGGAUGUCUCCCAGUCUCUGCACAAGGCUCUAGAGUCAGACGGUGAAUCUCCUCCCUGGCCUUCGCUGCACGUCAACAUGGACAACAAGGGAGAGGAGAAGCAGCUGUCUGAAAAGUCUCUGCACCCUCCUAACUCCCCGGCGAUGCUCCCUGAUCAUCUUAAGUGUAACAUCCUCAAGGCCCAGAUGGAGGCGGCCUUCAGGAAGGAAGCUCCAACAACGCCUAGAGGGAAGAACUCAGAUGAGACCUUUAUUGACAGGUGUCAGAGUUCAUCCCAAGACUCAGCUGCAUCCAGUCUGACGGCAGAGAAGACGCCACAUUGGCAAGACCUCAACCCAACGCCGGAGGGGCUGCAUCCCAAAGCCAACGUGAGCACCAACCGCAGAAAACGACUGGUCAGACAGUUCAGCUUUAACCAUGAAGAUGAAGAUAAUCUCCCAGAAGCACUUGCAGCAAUCUCCUCCGAGAGUGCAGGAAAGUCAGGGUCUAGCAGCUCAUUGGACAAACAGAUACAGCCGUCCAUAUUCCCACAGGUGGAUAAUAUGCCAGCACUGGAGCUGGGUAUUCCAUGCUGUCCCUCUCCUUCGCCUUCUCCCCAUCUCUCCCCCUCUUACUACCAUAGCUCCAUUCCUCGCCUGGUCCCUUACCUUGCUGCCCAUAACGACAGCGGAGAGGAAAUGAGGUUGGACAGAGAGAAAAUACUAAGAGCCCUCCUGAUGACGGAGCUCUGAGACCUUGACCCCUGUAACAUCAUCACCACGUGCAGCAGACCUGGCGUUUAGUGAGGAAAGUGGGAACAGAGGACCCAAAGUCGUUGGCUGCAAUCAACAUUUGUAUAUUUGCAUAAUACAUUCAGCAGUUAAAAAUAUAGAUUUACAUAAAAAGCAAUUGUUAUAUAUUGGCUUAAUUGUUUGUUUUAGAAGGACGGUUCUUUGUAUCCAUUAAACUGAAACUGUUGAAUCUACAAGUGAGAUAGAACAAAAUUGAUUCACUGCCUAACUGACUCCCUCUCACAUACACACACACACACACACACACACACACAUUACAGACAAGAUACAUAUGUGACUGGUGCUGCCUGCAUGAUAAAUAUGUUACAUGAUGAAAUAUUAAUCUGACUUACUUUGGGGUUAUGUUUAUCUUUCAUGUCACCGACACAUCAACACUGUGUCCGUGUUCAGGCCUAAACUGUAUUUCAGACAGCGACUGUUGAAGCAUUGAUCUCUGCACUUUAAGUUACAGAGGCUGAAGUGAAAGUAAAUUUCAAAUCAGUUUUUUCAAAAUGUAAAUAGACAUUGUACUUAAUACAGAGCAGGCUACGUUCCUUAUGUCAGAUAUCCAUUUUUGAGAUGCCAAAACAUUUGCAGCAUUUGAGUUUUAAGAAACUUCCUGAACCAAGUGAACUAAAAGUGAACUGAAUCGACUCAGUGAAGGAGACGGUGAAACCGGAUUGUCCUGCAGCUGCAGUCUCAGUUCAUCCACUGGGAGGAGACAUAUCUGCGGUCACAUCUGAGGACACUGAUCCUGUACUACAGGUUGUCACGAGGAACAGAUUGCGGAUCACAAUUCUUUACAUGCAGUUUUCAACACAGGUCAAAAUGCCAAAACGGAUCUCAGAAGUCAUGUUGUUGGUGUUAGCUUUUGUUUAAGCGUAACCCUGCUGCUUCACAACUUUAUUUCAUCUCU